CAUUUGAAUAGCAAGGAGUUGUGCGGGGCUGGGCUUCUCGGAUGUUUUUGGUCCUCAGUGGUGUGCGUUGAGUAGUUGUGGCUGACUCGCGUUUGGACAUGGAGCUGCACAUUCUGGACCACCGGCUGCGGGUCACCAGCAUCAACAAGAGCGGCUUGUCGCACUUCACGCACCCGCUCAUCAAGCUAAUCUUCCUCCGCCGCCGGACACGAUGCAAGUUCUUCAGUAUGACGGAGACCCCCGAGAACUACACGGUCUUGUUGGAUGAGGAGGGCUUCAAAGAGCUGGAGGCCUCGUCGGAUCUGCAGGCAGAGGGCUCGGUGUGGCUGCCGCUCAACGUGCUCUCCGACGCCGUCAUCGCCUCGCCCGGCUCACAGGCGCCGGGCGUCACCAAGAUUGCCGAGUCGGUCAUCGCCCCGCUGGCCCGCCGCCACGUCUCCGUCUUUAUGCUGUCCACCUACCAGACCGACUUUGUCCUGGUGAGAGAAAAGGACCUGCCAGUGGUGGUGGCCACUCUGGAGGAGGAGUUCAACAUCUUCCGCGAAGUUGGAGGAGAGUCGCUCCUCGUCCGCGGCCGCGACAUCGCCGACGGCCCGCACAAGAACGCUAAACAAGCCACGCAGGCCGGUCUUCAGCCGGUGCUCAUUCCUCAGAACCGCUUCUGCGUCAUGUCCCUGGACCCCGACACGCUGCCCUCCAUCGCCACCACGCUCAUCGAUGUGCUCUUCUACUCUGGCAGCCCCAAAGAAGACGAGGUGCCGUCUUCCGGCUCAGACUUGGAGCGGAUCAAGUUUUUCUCCUUCUCCCUGAUUGACGGUUACGUCUCGCUCGUCAUGGACACGGACACUCAAAGACGGUCUAAAAGUUGUCUUAGACGUUUCCAAAAGCUCUUUGAUCUCUGCCCACUCGACUCAAAACGAUUCUUGGAUGCCCCAGUUUCCCCGCCGACCUCCUCUUCACCAGCUCGUCCGGGGAACUGUGGCGAAUGGUGCGAAUCGGAGGACAACCCCUCGGCUUCGGUGAGUGACCGCUCUCUUGCCCCGGUCUCCACAUGCCCCCCACCCCGAGACGUGUCGUUGUGGCUGCUUUCAGACGAGUGCGGCAUCGUGGCCCAGAUCUCACAGCCGCUGGCCGACUGCGACAUCUCCGCCUACUACAUCAGCACCUUCAGUUUCGACCACGCUUUGGUUCCCGAAGAGGACAUCGCUCGUGUAAGCGACGUGCUGCACAAGCAGCGGAUGGACCUGACCACCACCUGAGCCCUGACCUCCUGAUGCCACAAGCACUUUUCGCAGUUUUUUUCCUCAACACCUGAGACAACAAUGUGUCUUCUUAAUGGGUCAGCGUUUUGGAAAGAAGUAAAACAAAACAAAACAAAAUUCAAGAAACAACAACACCUGUAACGGGUCAAUAACUUGCACAAACGUUUAAUUUGAGUGAAUAUCACUUCGGAUACUUUUGUAUUUGCUGGACUGUUGCGCAAUAUCAUGCUCAUGAAAAUAUAAUGUUUGAAAAUUUGAAA